ACCCACAUGCAUUUCAGGAGAUCUUGUUGGUAUUGUUUACAAUAUUGCAUUUUUUACAUUAGGUAAGCCAAGAUCAUACUGUUUUCUACAUUAGUUGGGCUAGCAUAAAUGGUCGCGUCCAGGGGGAAAAUAAAGCUCUGGCUUGUUGUGUAACACAGAAGUUAAAAUUCAAUAUGGCAAGUGAUACCAAACCUACCAGAGUCAUGUGGGUCAGCUAAUUGUCAUGUGUUUUCAAAGAAGGCUGAGCAGGAAAUAUUUUUGAAAAUCUAACUUUUUUGGAAUGUGUUUCUAGCCAUGACUAAAUAGACAGAUGAUUGUUGGAAGAGCUUAUUCAUUAUUUAGUACCUUUCAAACAUAGAUAAAACACUUUAAAAAUAACAAAUAAACAAACAAACAAACAAACAAACAAACAAAUAAAUAAAUAAAUAAAUAAAUAAAUAAAGUAUAUUGCUAUUUACAAAUUCCGAUUUGAAAUGUAGCUUUCGGCGUGUGCAGAAAGUGGCGCUGUAUUCCAGAAAAAGAAAUGGGCUGUCCACUGGGCGUGUGUGCCUGUCGCCGUCACAGUUGAUCACUGGGCGAUCAGAAGAAAGACCCUCGUGUGCUUAAAAGGAUUUGCACGCAUUGCUGAAACUCCGGGUUAGCAGUCUUAUUUUCUUGAAAGGUGGCAUUAUUUAGCAACAUUUAUUUCGUCCUCUUAUUGGCGUUUGAGGUCAUGUGUGGAAGCUACUGAUUUUUUGCAGGACAAAACGGAGACAAUGGGGUUUCAUAUGAACGCGGGGUGCUUGAGAAGGUAUGUCUCGGGAAUGAUCUUAUUUUCUGCCAUGAUUCACACAUCGUUUACUGUAACUCACUAUUCUAUCCCUGAAGAGAUGGAAGAAGGAUCCGUGGUCGCAAAUCUCGCCACCGAUUUAGGACUGGAUUUAGAUACUUUGAUUAAACGUAAAGCGCGACUAGAUGUAAUCGCUAAUAAGAAAUAUCUCGACAUAAACAAAGAAAAAGGAGAAAUGUAUAUAUUAGAAAAGAUUGAUCGUGAAAAUCUUUGUCCUGCUAAAACAACAACAACUUGUUUUUUAAAAAUGGAAGUGAUUGUGGAAAAUCCUGUGCGCAUAUUUUAUAUAGAAUUAGAAAUAACUGAUAUUAAUGACAAUAAUCCUCAUUUCCGACGUGACACUAUUCAUUUGGACAUUUUGGAAUCGACACCAGCAGGUGAAAGGUUUUCUGUCAGCAAUGCGGUGGAUUCUGAUGUUGGAUCCAAUUCGGUGAAAACGUACUUUCUAAGUGAAAGCGAUCACUUUGGCAUAGAGAUACAGUCUGGCAGAGACGGCUCUAAAUUUGCUGAUUUAAUUUUGAAAAAGUCGUUAGACCGUGAGGUUCAAGCUAUCCAUAAUCUGAUUCUUACUGCUGUGGACGGCGGAGUUCCUGCGCGCUCUGGUACAGCCAGCAUCGUUGUUCGAGUGCAGGAUGCAAAUGACAACGCACCAAAGUUUGAUCGGGAAAGCUAUACAAUUAAUGUCACAGAGAACUCCCCUAUAGGAAGUCUCGUCGUUAAACUAAAUGCAACUGACUUAGACGAAGGAUCUAACUCAGAUAUUGCCUACUCUUUCGGCCUAUACACGUCGGAAAAAGCACAAGAAGCUUUUAGUUUAAGCCCAAACACUGGUGAAAUACGAGUUAAAGAAACGAUUAAUUACGAGGAUUUCCGAAUUUAUAACAUGGAGAUUAUAGCAAAGGAUAAAGGUACUACGUCAUUAUCGGGACAAUGUAAAGUAACCAUUAUGAUUACAGACAUGAAUGACAAUCAUCCAGAAAUUUCAGUGCGAUCUUUUUCAAAUCCGGUUAAAGAGGACAUAGCUGUAGGUACAGUUAUCGCAGUGAUUAGUGUAAGUGACAAAGACUCUGGUGAAAAUGGCCAAAUUGAUGUUCAUAUACCUGAAAAUUUACCGUUUGCACUAAAGGAAUCAUCAGAGAAUUAUUACGAGCUCGAGGUAUCUGAACCACUAGACCGUGAAAAAGUAGCAGAAUAUGACAUAACAUUUACCGUUACUGACAGAGGAAACCCUCCGUUAUCUGAUAAUGAAACUGUAACUCUAGAAUUAUUGGACGUUAAUGACAACGUGCCACAGUUUCCACAAUUAUUUUAUACGAUACAGGUUAUGGAAAAUAAUCCACCCGGAGCUUUACUGAGUUCCCUCACCGCGCACGACCCAGAUCUCCAUGAAAAUCAGUAUCUCGUUUAUUUUAUAAUAGAAAAGGAAAUAAUGAAUACAUCAAUGUCAAUGCUCUUCUCCAUUAAUCCAGAGAACGGCAAUCUUUACGCGCUAAAAACGUUUGAUUAUGAGAUAGAGAAGGAGUUUCUUUUCCAUAUUGAAGCUAGAGACUCUGGUGUUCCUGCACUCAGCAGUAAUUUAACUGUUCACAUUAUUAUCAUGGACCAGAACGACAACACACCGGUUAUAGUGUCUCCAUGGCGCGCGCACGGCUCAGUGGUUGAGGAGAAAAUACCCAGAUCCACCGAUAAAGGAACUCUGAUAGCCAAAGUAAUUGCUAUAGACACGGACUCUGUACACAACUCCAGGAUUACUUAUCAAUUUCUCCAGAACACUGAUGCCACAUUAUUUAGUUUGGAUCAGUACAAUGGAGAGAUCCGGACCACCAGAAUGUUCAGUUAUAGAGACUCGCGCCACCAGCGACUCGUGGUGAUCGCCAAGGAUAACGGAGAUCCCUCUCUUUCUGCUACAGUCACCAUCAAACUGUCUACGGUGGAAACAGCGCUGAAAAGUUAUGCUGACAUGACUGAAGUGCCUAUUGAAUAUGAUAUCUUUUCCGAUUUAAAUCUGUAUCUGGUAAUCGGACUGGGCUCAGUAUCAUUCCUGCUACUUAUCACCAUAUUGGUGACCAUCGUGCUGAAAUGUCAGAAACCGAAGCCCAGUAAAGCUGCUCCUCCCUGUAGGAACAGCGUGAUCAGUGAGAGGAACUCUACCAUCGCAGAUUCCACUUUGGUCUCCAACGAUGCCUACUGGUACAGUUUAUUUCUAGCAGAGACCAGGAAAGGGAAGCUGGUAGUUAGACAACCUGUGCCAAAGGGAACGAGAUACAUUGUGUCCAGUAUACCGAGAAGCACUGGACUGACUGAGACUAGUGACUCAGCUGCAUCUACUCUACAGUACUCAAAAUGAGAGAUGUCCCUUCUCAUGCUGAAGGCCUCUACCACCACCAGUAGCAGUUCUUCAUGAGGCUUCAUUCCAACUACUGUUGUUCAAGUAAUGCUGAGAAGAUCUACAAAAAUGGAGUUUCUAAUUCCUGCACACCAAUUUUCUGAUUUAGAGCCCGUGUCUCUACUGGGAUUUUUCUUAAUACACCAAAUUUAAUUUCUUUUUUGUCUGUAAUAAUUUAACACACCUAAAUGACUUCAAUUCUGGUUGGGACUUAUGGAUUUGCUCACCUAGUAGAGGAUUUUCUCCACUCCCAAACAGAACAGUGUAUUGCAUAGGGCUCCAUGCAUGGAUCUGCAUGGCUAUAUCUGUGGAUAUUUGUUCACCUUAUAUGAACUUUUUGGACUCUUCCCUGUUUGACACAUCCAAGCUUAAGUAAGCUUGGUGGAAUCCUAAAAAUCACAUAAAAUGAAGAAUAACACAAAGAAGCACAAAGAAGUGUGGUUAAGCUGAUAGGACCUUGAAAUUGUGCAUAUUGUUGAUGAACUUGAACUGGCCAUGUUCACCUUUUCCCUAAUGGGUGUCCAACCUUUACAUGUAUGUUUUCACUAUGUGUUAUACAAUAUAUGUAUUUCUUGUUUGCCAACCUAAAAGUGUGACAAACAAAUCACAACAAAUUACACAUCUUCUAUUUAUAUCAUUUGUAUUGCAUUGCCAAAAAUAUAUUUCUUCAUCAGUGUUGCUUUCCAACUGAGUUGUAACCCAUCUUUGUCAUUUGCUCAUAAAGUAUCCCAGGUCAUAUUUGUUCAUUUAGGACUGUGGUUUUCAUUCUACAUGAAUUAUACUUACAAUAUACACAUGUAACCAUAUCAAUUUCAUAUUACAUUAUUUUUAGUCAUUUAAAUCUAGAACAAGUUUACUGUAAAUAAAUACAUAUUAGAUGGAAUACAGUAGAAAGGUGCAUAGCUUGCACUGUUGUGACAACAUUUAAAAUAUCUGCAUACUAUUGUGUUGACUUUACUGCAAUCUUAUAUUACUCAGUAAAAAAAGAAGUCGAAAACAAAGGUUUUGAUGGUGUCAUGUUUGAUUUUAUGGUGUUUUAUUUGUUUUAUGCAAAUUGUUAUGAUUUGUACAAAAAUGUACAACUCUUUAAUUGAAAUGUUUUCAUCUGUUUUAGAUGUUCAAAACUGAUUCAGCAUUAUUUUGUGAAGUGUUUUUUUUUUUGCUUUUUUGUUUUCUUUGUGUGUUUUUUUGCAAAGUGGUACAUUGGUGGUGCGUUAUUUAAAUGGUUGUGUGUUAACCUAUAAUAUGCACUGCAUCAUUUUCCUACUCUGCAGUUAUUCUUAAUGUUAAGAACCUGGCUUAUUAUUUGUGUAUAUCUACAAUAUAUCCAGGCUUCUGAUGACUUCCCCAGGCAGGACAUACACACCAAGGGGUUAUAAGGCCGGUAUGUUGCCAGGUACACUAACAUGUGAAUUAAUACAUAGAAAGGCACAAGUUGGUUUCCAUAUGAUCUGCUGUAUGAGCUAGCAGUUUAUGUAUACUGUUUACUACAAAAGCAACAUACACUGAAAGGGAACUAGAGGAAAUAUUCAUGCUUUCUUGCAACCCUUCCAUUGCAGCACUGUAAUAUGCCAUCAAAUCUCACUCGUAUGGACACACACUGCCUCAUUUCUUCCCCAAUAUGUUCUGCCUGGGAGGAAUUUCAUUAGAUUCUGUCUAACCUCCUAACCUUCAACUUUAUGACUAUGUGUACAUCAUAAUAUACAGAAUACACCUGUGGUCUGUUAAUUUUUAUAAAAAGGUAGAAAUGCAAAAAAAGUAUUCAGUGUGAAGAUAUAUGGAUGCUUUUUUAAAAUAUAUGUAAUUACAGCUAAUGUAAUGCAAGUAGUACAGCUAAAUGGAAUUAGCCUGUAUAACCUGUAUGUAGUUUAAAUCAGAACAUAAGCAUUUGAAUUUCACUGUCUGGAUUUUCAUGGUAUUGUGUUACAAUAAAGUAAUUAACUGAAAGUAAUGAUAAUGAUAAAUCAGUACAUCAGACACCUUAAAAGGAUAACUAUUCUGUAUUCUGCUGCAUGAUACAAUGCUGUUUAUUUUGUAUGUGUAUAUGCGGGGUGAAUAAUUAAAAUGGUUAAUCUUUAAAAAUAGCAUUGAGCUGACACCACACUUUACCUUGCUUUAAUUAUUUAUAUUUUUAUUAUACACAUUAGUAGUUCCACAUAACUCAUAAGCUUGGUUUACAUAAAAAAAAUGAAUUGUGCUACUAAUUGUAUUGAAUACCUCUUUUUUUCUUGUAAUUGCAAAAGUGUGAUUAAAAUACUUCAAAGGA